AUGUCAGCUAAGAAUGUUAUGGUUAAAUUGAUCGUGGGCGCUGGUCAGGCGGCGCCUGCUCCUCCGGUUGGUCCAGCAUUAGGCUCGAAGGGUGUUAAGGCCAUAGAUUUUUGUAAAGAAUUCAAUGCAAGAACUGGUAAUUACCAACCAGGUAUUCCAAUUCCAUGCUUGUUAACCAUUAAGCCAGAUAGAUCAUUUACUUUUGAGAUGAAGUCACCACCUACCUCAUGGUUGUUAUUAAAAGCAGCACAAGCUAAAAAGGGGUCAGACAAGCCAACGCAUAAUAUAGUGGGUGAAAUCUCGUUGAAACAUGUGUACGAAAUAGCUAAGAUUAAGAAAACGGACGACAGACAUAAGGAAGUAGACUUACAAGCGAUCUGUGGUGCGGUGAUUCUGACUGCUGAAGCAGUUGGUGUUAAGAUUGUUCCUUAG